CAGAUAUACAAGAGCGCACUCUAUUGUAGAUGUCAAAGUUAUGUAAACUAGAAUCGGUGUUUAUUGCUUUACGAUUAAGUUUAAUUACAUUUGAUAGUUUUCAGAUAGACUUAUAAUCAAUAAUCGAUAAAAUCCAUUAAAACUUUUUUUGAAUUAAAUGUAUCCUAUUACGCAUUAUAUUAUGAGUGGUCGAGUUUUAUCACGUCGAAGUUUUGUGUUUUAUUAAUCUUAUGAACUUAAAAUAAUGUAGAUACAAUAUAAAAUGAAGAUAGGACUUAAUUAAGAUAUAAUAAUAAUAAUAGAAAAAAUUAUAAAGAAUUAGUUAUAAAGAUUUAAAUAAUAUGAAAGCAGUAAUUCAACGUGUAACAAGUGCCUCUGUUACAGUGGACAAUAAAGUUAUUAGCAGUAUUGGAAAUGGACUCUGUGUAUUAAUUGGUAUAACAAGAGGUGACACUUUGGCUGACAUAAAAUACAUAGUAAGAAAAAUUUUAAACACAAAAAUUUUUGAGAAUGACAAGAAGAAAUGGAAUGCUAGUGUUAUGGAUAAACAAUACGAAAUUUUGUGCAUCAGUCAGUUUACAUUGUAUCAUGUUUUAAAAGGAAAUAAACUUGACUUUCAUAGAGCAAUGCCAGCACAAGAGUCAGAACCAUUUUAUAAAAUUUUUUUGAAUGAGUUGGGUAAAAACUAUAAACCAGAACUAAUCAAAGAUGGUAUAUUUGGAGCCAUGAUGGAAGUUAGCAUACAAAAUAGUGGACCUGUUACUUUAGAAAUAGAAUCCCCAAUUAAAUCUAUUGAAGAUAGUACAAAAAUAUCUGAAAAACAAUAAUGAUUCUCCAGAAUAAAUAAUUAUUUAUUUCCAUAUA